GUAGAACCUUUAGAUUCGAUUUCUGAAAAGAGAAAUGUUCUCUUCUUCGUUAUCCUUUUUCUUCUUCUCUCCACUGCUAUUCACAGUCAAAUUGAGUCAUAAGCUACCUUUAUAUUCGAUUUUGAGGUAGGGAGAGAGAGACCAUGGAAAUGGAAGGAAGAAGACGAGAAGUGGUUGUUUCAUCUCUGCAAUUCGCUUGCUCCGACGAUAUCUCCACCAAUGUCGCCACCGCUGAGCGGUUCGUCUCUCUCUCUCUGUUGGUCAGGGAAGCUCACGCUAAAGGAGCUAACAUCGUUCUAAUUCAGGAACUUUUCGAGGGAUUUUACUUCUGUCAAGCGCAAAGAGAGGACUUCUUUCAGCGAGCCAAGCCUUACAAGAACCAUCCUACCAUUUCGAGGAUGCAGAAUCUGGCCAAGGAAUUGGGUGUAGUGAUACCGGUUAGCUUCUUUGAGGAGGCAAACAAUGCACAUUACAAUUCAAUAGCCAUUAUUGAUGCUGAUGGUACUGACUUGGGAAUUUAUAGGAAGUCACAUAUUCCUGAUGGACCUGGUUAUCAAGAGAAGUUUUAUUUCAAUCCUGGAGACACUGGCUUUAAGGUUUUCCAGACAAAGUUUGCAAAAAUUGGAGUUGCUAUAUGUUGGGAUCAGUGGUUUCCUGAGGCAGCUCGAGCUAUGGUUCUACAGGGUGCUGAAAUACUGUUUUAUCCCACUGCUAUUGGUUCUGAACCUCAAGACCAGGGAUUGGAUUCACGUGAUCAUUGGAGGAGAGUUAUGCAAGGGCAUGCUGGAGCUAAUGUGGUGCCUCUUGUAGCUUCGAACCGCAUAGGGAAGGAAAUAAUUGAAACUGAGCAUGGACCCAGUCAGAUCACUUUCUAUGGAACUUCUUUCAUUGCCGGACCAACAGGUGAAAUAGUGGCUGAGGCAGAUGAUAAAUCGGAAGCUGUCCUUGUGGCACAGUUUGAUCUUGAGAAGAUCAAGUCGAAAAGGCAAAGCUGGGGAGUGUUCCGUGACCGUCGUCCAGAUUUGUACAAGGUGCUUCUUACUAUGGAUGGUAAUCUCUGAAUUAUUUUACUGCUCGAACCAUUACCACAAUUACUGGCUUAAUCUUAAAGGGUAAGAAGCCCAAAAAUAAAAAACCAGAAUAUGGUUAAAUACAUCUCAAUAUUUUCUGUGGCUC